AUGGAGGCCGAAACUGCAUCGAGAGAUGUGCCACACGAAGGAGAGGAGCUUGCCUAUGGUGUUGCUGAGAUGAGUAUCAACACUAAGACGCCGAUCGACUGGAGUGUGGACAUAGGUAGCAGGACAAAUUAUGGGUCGACUCGCGAUGCUGGAAUCUCGAGAGACUUCGAAAUCGAGUUCAUGGACGUGGUGCCGCCAAUGGACAGUGAGACAGAAGAUGAAGCUGAUGAUAGCGGCACGAUUACAGAUGAUUAUGAUGCGGAUAGCUCAGAGGCAGAACAUGGCCCACGACCGGUAUUCAACCGCGAGCGGUAUGGAUCAGUUACAGGUGAUGGCCGGUCGGAUCCUGGUGAAGAGGAAGCCGGUGCUGGCAUUGUGCAUGUCAACUUCAGCGCUUGA